UGGCACGAGCCUGGUUCUCUGGUCCCACCGAAAUAAGCGAGUGUUUUUCAGAAAUGUCUGAGAGCAGCGAGCUGCAUUGAGGUUAUUUUCAUCACCGCUUGGGCUGCAUUAACUUCAUCCUGCAAGGUCAUACUGGGAUCUCUCACUAACUGGAUUGGGCGCAUGAUUGAAUGUUAUUUCUGUCGCAGAUGUGUACCCGCUCCUCUCGCCUAUGGAUCCUGUUUCACGCGGAUUUUCGUCGCGUGCACUGAAUUGAAUCUUAUGGCAGACAUCAGCCAUCGCCCAUCUCAUCCACUGUGAGAGAAAAUAACCCGACGGGAGCUUGGUGCCAUGAAAAACCAACAGCGACCAUCCCUGCUCGCCUUAUCGGCACUGCUGCUUUGCACGUUACCCCAGACAGCUGGGUCUCAUCAGCGCAACAGCUCAGCGGCAGCAGCAGCAGCAGCAUCAUCAACGUCCUCAUCAGAGGUGAGAGGAAGAAAUAAUGUGACCCACAACUGGCUCAGACAGACUAAUUUUACUCCCAGCAGUCAAAGCAGGCCAUCAUCAAAGCUGAAAGAGGGAACAGGCUACGUGAAAAGCUCCUCGUUCAACACAAGUCGAGGCAAUAAUAAUACUGUGAUAUCUGACAGUUCUGACAGGGCACCGAGAUGGAGCCCGGAGGAUGUGCCAUCACCUGUGUGUGCCUAUCGAGUGAUCGAGGGAGGCAUUGGGGGGCAGCUGUGCUUUCGGCACACUCUGUUUGGGUACAAGUGUCCUAAGGGAGAGUGCAGGACUGCGGUGUCUUUCGGGAACCUGGUGGCAAAUAUUCUCAUCAACGGCAGCGUACUGUUACAGUGGACCCACGAGUCAGAAUCCACAAAGACUAAAGAGCCCAGCAAUCCCGGGACAAAUGCAACAAAAGAGGAAACUCCGCGAUCAAACUCUCUUUUCAGGGGCCGACGCCACAGACGCGGAGGCUACGAGGUAAGCUGCUGGUGGAAUGGAAGCUACACUCAGUUUGAGUGCGCCGGUGUCCAUCUUGGGUCGGGUUGCAGGGACUUUCUGCUGUCCGAGCUGCACGAGAACAUCCCGUACCGCAUCUGUCUGCGUGCCCUGGGCCGCUCCGAGCCAGCCGAGAGGGCAGAGCAGCGGGACUGCGUGGAGUUUACUCUGCCGCCGUCAGGGAUGCAGGACAUUGUGAUCGCCAUGACAACAGUGGGCGGAGCUAUCUGCGUGAUGCUGGUCAUCAUCUGCCUGCUGGUGGCGUACAUCACAGAAAACAUCAUGAGCCCCACGGCGCAGCACACGUACUCCUACCGCACUCACUCACAUCACUGAUGCACUAAAAUGACCUACAUUAACAAGUACCAUGGUCAUACGUAAUCUCUAUGGGAGCUUGUUUCUACCACUGAAAAAAAUGGCAUUCAUAAAGAAAAAAAUUUAAGCUAUUUUUCUUAUAAUUAUGAGUUUGUUUUGAGAUAAUAACCCAACAUUUUGACUUAUGGAUGGCAGAAAAAUCUUUUUUUUAAGUGGCAGAAGCAACUUCCAUAAAUCUCACAGUCAAAGUUAAUGUCUAUAGUAGUUUUUUUUUUUUUCAAUAUGAUACACUCAUCCUGUAUUGACCUAACUGAAGCACAAUCUACUGUGGCUCUGCUAAUAACAUGCCUUUUGAACCUCAGCGAGGAUGCACUGAACCAAAAUAUACAAUUUGUGAAUACAGCAGAUUACUCUGUUAUGUUUCCUUUCAAGGCUGUUCAGGCAGCAUGUAUACAGCAAUACAAAUAAUGAAAUGGCUUUUAGUACAUCAGAAACAAGAGUUUUGCUAAAUGCGCAGCCUGUAAAAGUGUCCUUAAUGAGACACAGAAAAAUAACACUUUACUAGUUGCCACAUUUUUCCACUUGACUUUAUCAUAACAACACUGUUUUUGCUUUGCCAUUUUCUGAAGGGCAAUACAAUCUAGUGUACAAUCUCCAAAUACUGUGCCACACAUUUUCAGUUAAACGACCUUUCUGUCCUGCUGUCAGUGAAUAAA